UAAGAAUCGAUUUUUAAAAUUGAAACAAAACUUCCAAAUUCUUUAAUCUAUUGUCACUAGCUCAGAAGUUGGAAGCAGGUUUCUCUUCCAUAUGGGUUCCCUAUUCCAGCUUUGCGUCGGCUUCAACUUUAACGCUUCCAAUCAUCUUCACGCUCAAGCUACUACUACCAAUUGCAAGUUCUCCCCUCAAUCUGUGAGAGCACUUCCUAUACGGAUAUUAUCCGUGGGAAAAAAACGAUCACAAGGACUGCAACUCAUGGUCGACGAGUAUGUCGAAAAGAUUAAAUAUUAUUGCAGUGUUGAGGAUGUUCAAAUUCGGCCAAAUCCUAGAAAUGCACGUGAUCCCAGGGCGCAAGUUGAUGACGAAGACAUGGCAGUGAUGAAUAUUAUAAGGUCUGAUGAUUGGGUUGUGAUGUUGGAUGAACAUGGGCAAGAUGUACGGUCUGAGCAAAUGGCAGAGUUGAUGGCUGAUGCAGGAAAUACUAGAUUACAUGGUUAUACAGGUAAUUACACUAAAUAAUUACAUUUGAUGUGGCUGGUCAAUGAGCAUCAAUUUGCUAACAAGAAACUGAUGACGUGGACGCGGAACAACCUUGGUAAGAAUAUCUGCAACUUGCAACUGAGUACUACGCGGAACAACCUUGGUAAGAAUAUUUGCAACUUGCAACUGAGUACUGACAUGAGGAAGUGAUAUUAGUCGGUCAUCAUACAUGAUCGGUAAAAUAGCAAGUGUACUAUUUUCACCGGUGUAGUUAUAAUGGGUUUUAUCCCAAGUAUCGAUCACGAGGAUUGCGUAGGAAAUAGAAGUUAUUAUACGAAGUCAAUUAAACAAAAGAUCAUGGGGGUGUUGUUUUAAAAGAUUGAAGAAAUAGACUAAAAAGAUUAAAUAGAAGCUGAAAGUAAAGUUGAGCUUUUGUAUAGAAAUUUAGAGUAAUCCCAAGGUAGGUGUAUGAUCAGCCUUAUAAUGACUCUGUAAAAAGAUCUCUUUAACAAGUUCAUAUGAUGCAACUAUUUGUUCUUAAGGGUGUUUUCCUAAGUCUUAGUGAAAACCUUUUGGUUUGCAAUCCUAAUGCCUAAGUCCUUAGAAACAUAGGUUUGUAAACCAAAGAUGUAAAUAAUCAAGAAUAUUCAAAUAACCUUACGGUAUCCAUAGUCCUAAGUGAUAACUAUAAGAUUUAAUUGUUUAAAAACCUUAACAACCGUAGUCCUACAGAUUGUUAACCGCAGAUCAAUCAUUGUUUUGCCGACAAAGAAAGCAUAAAAACAUUAAACAAUCAAAUUGCAAAAUACGAAAACUUGAUUAAAGAAAUACGAAGAUCAUAGUCAUUACAAUUCAAAUCAGGGACACCGCCUGACAUUGGGGGUUUAGCCUCUCAUAAUAUUCAAGAAACCAAAAUUGAAAAGUUUAGACAUUACAAAGAUUUAGGAGAACUCUGAUCUUCAAUGGUGUCCACCGUUGAAUCUCUUCGUCUUCCAAAACCUUGAUGAAGCUAUCUUUCUCUUCUCUGGAAUUCUAUCUUAUGAUCUCCAAAAAGUGUCUUCUUUCUUGUCCUAAAGUUGUUUUAUAAUCUAUCUUCCAUUCGGGUUGAAACCAAAUACCAAAAAUACCCUUAAUGAUCCCCUUUGAGUGAGGAAACACAUAAAAAUAUAAUCAGCACGCGCUCAUCAACACGGGCCGUGUUGCUGCACACGGGCGCCCGUGUUGUUCUUCUGUACCUUGGACCAAAAACACAUUUCCAAGCACUUUCUCACACGGACCGUGUCUGUGAACACGGGUGCCCGUGUAGAUUCUCUGUCUUAGGUCCAAAAAUACAUUUCCAGCCACAUUUCAACACGGGCUGUGUUGCUCCACACGAGGGUCCGUGUUGACCUCUAAACUCAGCUUUUCCGGCUUCUUUUCAUCCACUCGUGCGCGCCACAAGUUCCUAUUUUUCCCAUGCAUCAACCUGGCCACAACACAAUCAACCGGCGCAUAAAAAGACACUUUUGUAAUACUAAUAAAGCAUUAAUAUGCAUCAAAAUCACACAAUUGAAAAUACGAAAACUUACUUUAAAACACAUGCAAAUGCCACUUAGUGUUACCAAAACCAUGAAUUCUUGUCGGAAAAAGGUGUGAAAACUUACUAGAAAUGGUGACCGAUCACAACCCCACACUUAUCUCAUUGCUUGUCCUCAAGUGGUGUAUUGAGACGAAACAAAGGUCACCGACGAGAUUCCUUUCUCCACAACACAAUCAGGUUAUUCGCGAAAUACCUUCACUUAGCAAUCAAGUCUAUGGCAUCCUUCGUCAAUCUAUCGACCGCAUUAUCACUUCCGAGCACUUUUGCACCUGCAAGCUUUUUACACUCUCACAAAAUCUCUCCGGGUUAAAGUGUUUACACUCACAGUACCAAGGCAUGCAUAUUACUUUUAACUUUGAAUACCUUCUUGAAUCACUACACACACAGAUUACACACACUUCAUGAGGUCUUCGGGCUGUAACGUGGCUUGGGUUCGGUGGGGUAAACAAGGAACGGGAUAACAAAAGGUUUUGGUGCUCGGCAUUCAUGUUGGGUUCACAUUUCUACUUUUAGUGGUUUGAAUCAUAAGAAUGGGGUUAAGACCUUCGACUCUUGUUUUUAGCUUUUUAGAGUCAUUCAUGUAGUCUUUCGGGCAAGUGUUACGAACUUUUCCUUUGUUUUGUUUUUCAAAAUUUUUCUUUGGAUUUUCACAAGUUCAACAUUCAUUUCCCUUUUUUUUUCUUAUUCUUUUUUUUUUUGCCCCUUUUUCGAUGGUUCACUACCCCCACACUUAGAUUCUUUUAUGUCUUUCAAGAGGAAAACAUUAACGCUGAGCGAUAACAUGAAUGGUGCAUAUGUGGGUGGUAACACGAAUAACAACAAUGAACAAAACAAACAUUACGGCUCAAAGGGGGUUGACUAUGGAUAUAAUGCAUAUAGGAUGGCUAGAAAGGCUCGGGGCUACAGAAAAACUUGCCUCAGUGUGUGUUUUCGUAGUGUGCUUGUGUUACGAGAACAUACGCAAAAUCAAAGUGAAUAACGUCAUACCUGACUGAACUCUCAUGUGAUAUUAUGAAUUUGGCUCUGUAAUCUCACCGGGUGGGUUAAGCUUACAUGCUCCGAGGUGCUCUUGGUGUAAUGCGGUUUCCUUUCAACUGAAACAUACCAUACCACUCUUUUGGUUCAGUGUUGAUGCUUUGCGUCCUACCUUCUCCUCUUGAUUGUGUCAACUUCCGUGGUGCCUGCGGAGAUCAAGUAUGGGGUGUGUUGUUCAACCACUAGCUAUUAGUUUGCUCCCCUCCGACUUCUAUCAAUCACCUGGUAACACCAUGACAGCACUGCACCAUACAAACUUGAAAGAAACACACUUUAAAACAAAAGUAAAACACAAGUAACACAAACAAACCAAACAAACUAAACUAUGAAUUCAAAAACAUAAAGCAAAGCAAUAAAAUAAAAUAGAACCUCCCCCACACCUGAACGAAACAUUAGUUUGCUCCCCUCCGACUUCUAUCAAUCACCUGGUAACACCAUGACAGCACUGCACCAUACAAACUUGAAAGAAACACACUUUAAAACAAAAGUAAAACACAAGUAACACAAACAAACCAAACAAACUAAACUAUGAAUUCAAAAACAUAAAGCAAAGCAAUAAAAUAAAAUAGAACCUCCCCCACACCUGAACGAAACAUUGGCCUCAAUGUUUUAAUUCAAGUGUGACGGAGACUACCUGGUUUACUGAAACGGCGGUGGAGGAGGAGGAUCCGGUGGAAAGUGCAACAUAAGACGUCGCAUCAUAUCUUGGACAUCGUCCACCACAGUUCCUUGUCGAAACAACUCAACACCUUGUCUUGUUUGCUCGGUACGGAGAGCACCAAUCUCUGUUUGUACCCACCCCCAUUGGUCUGGAGUCAUGGAGGACGACCCAACAUUUUGUUGGUUGAACUGCUGAUGAGGCGGGACAGGGUGAUCCCGAGCUGGACUGUCAUCCUCCAUUUCGUCACCUGAAAAAUUAUGAUCUUGUGGAGGGCUCUCUCCUAGAUCUGUACCUGUAGCUACAUAUAACC